AUGCCGCCCAAGCGCAAAAACACAGACAACGCCGCCGCUAUGGACCGUCCAGAAAGGAAGACCAAGGCUCCCAAAAAAGGAGCAAAAGCAGCCCCCGAAGUAUACACUGCUCAGCAGAAAGCUGCAAUCCAGCAGUUCAUCAGCUUUACUCAACUUGACAAGUCCACCGCGGUCAGGGCACUCAAAAGCCAUGGCUGGGAUGCACAGAACGCCGUGAACGCGUAA